AUUGUCAACCGACGGAAAUCCGCCAUUGCGGAGAUGAAAACUAAACAUCUGGACGCGCUAAAUAAAAAUACAGAUGAAAUCACACAGAAAAUGGCGGAACUCAAACAGAUCAUGUCCGACUUGAAAUCAAUCCUAAAAUCCAAUGACGUCUCCUUAACCUCUACUUACAAAUCUAGGAAUUCCCAAUUUAGAACAUUACCGCCUAAAGUCCGAGUCACAGCACCGAGUCUCUCUCCUCAGAAAAUAAACAAAGAUCAGCUCAAUGUAAUGUUCGGUUCUCUGUCGCCAUUAUCCAUUAACACAGAACAUGGCGACACAAUGAAGUCAGCAGAAGCUGUAUCGUCUCCUCCAGUCAAACCACUGCUUGAUGAGCCGCGCGUCACCGCCACCAUAGACACUAGGUAUGACUUUCUAUACAGUGUUAGCUGUCUGAGUGAAGAUCAAGUCUGGACAUGCGGGACUAACGAAACCAUGAAGCUGCUCGACCUCCAGAGUAAACUACUGACAUCAAUAAAAACCAAGUCAGGGGACGAACCAGAGGACAUAGCAGUGACACGGGACGGGGAUUUUGUUUAUACUGACCCUAGUAAUAACACCGUGAACUUAAUUAAGAAUAAAAAGAUACAGACCAUGAUCAUACUACAGGGGUGGAGACCUCGCUCUGUCUGCUGUACCGCGGCUAACGACCUCCUGGUUACCAUGUACAGUGAUGAUCUCAAACAAUCCAAAGUCGUGCGUUACUCCGGCUCCACAGAGAAACAAAGCAUUCAGUUUGAUGAUCAGGGUCGUCCUCUCUACUCAUCUGGUGGUGAUAAAUACCUCAGUGAGAACAGGAACCUGGAUCUCUGUGUGGCUGACAAUAAUGCUAGAGCAGUAGUGGUGGUCAAUCGGUCAGGAAAACUCCGAUUUAGAUACACUGGUCAUCCCUCUAAUAUAAAGCAAUCAUUUACUCCACAUGGCAUCACUACAGACAGCCAGAGUCACAUCCUGACAGCAGACCAUGACAAUCAUCGUAUCCACAUCCUAGAUCAGGACGGACAGUUCCUCCGUUACAUUCACUGUGAUUUACGCGAUCCAUUAGGUUUAUGUGUGGACAUCAGAGACAACCUCUUUGUGGCUGAGUGGGGCACUGCUAAAGUGAAGAAAAUCCAAUAUCUAUAAACACAGUGUUAAUUACACAGCUCUACAGUGUUAAUUACAUAGCUCGACAGUGUUAAUUACACAUCU